CGGAAGGAAGGGCCCGGGAGGCGGGGACUUGGGGAGACGUUCUAACACUAUUGCGGGGUUGGAUGCACCACAGCGGGGAGGGUUUGUGGGUGAUGCCUGGGUCCCCCGCCCGCUGAGGACAUGGAUGAGGACGGGCUUCCUCUCAUGGGGUCAGGCAUUGACCUGACCAAGGUGCCGGCUAUUCAACAGAAAAGAACGGUGGCAUUUCUAAACCAGUUUGUGGUGCACACUGUGCAGUUCCUCAACCGCUUCUCCACAGUCUGUGAGGAGAAGCUGGCAGACCUUUCUCUUCGUAUCCAGCAAAUUGAAACAACUCUCAAUAUUUUAGAUGCAAAGUUGUCAUCUAUCCCAGGCCUAGAUGAUGUCACAGUUGAAGUCUCCCCUGUAAGUGUCACUGGAGUCACAAAUGAAACCACUUCAGAGCCAUCACAGAACAGUUUACAAGAAACUGGACCACAGGAAAGUGAAGUAACAGCAGAAAAUAUCUUAACUGUAGCCAAGGAUCCAAGAUAUGCCAGAUAUCUCAAAAUGGUUCAAGUGGGUGUCCCAGUGAUGGCAAUAAGAAACAAAAUGAUAUCAGAAGGACUAGACCCAGAUCUUCUCGAGAGGCCAGAUGCUCCAGUGCCUGAUGGCGAAGGUGAAAGAAAAACAGAAGAAAGUUCAGACAGUGAAUCCUCUUUUAGUGACUAAGAUUAAUUUUCAUAAUAAUUACAGAUAACACGUGUAGAAGUACUUUACAUUCUAUCAGAAAGAGAGUCUGAACUUGACCUCUUUUUCAAAACAACCUCAAGUGGCCAGAUAUUCACCACCAAGCUUCCUCAGUGCUAAAAUUGUAAUAAUAAUAAAGCAUUUAUAACCUGGCAGUAUAUGUUGUUACCAAUUAAGGGUAAAUAAAAAUAACCUGGAAAAUAAAAUAACCUAAAAAAGUUAAA